AUGGCCACCGAGGGCUUUCCAGAACAGAGCGCUCCCCUUGCACAAGCCGCUGUCGCGCCAGCGCCCUCGAAGAUCAGCGACCCUCCUCAGCCAACUUAUAAUGUGUUGAACACUUGCCAGACGGAUAGUGAGUCUCUUGCGACCGAUUCAACCAAGGUUGGCACCGAGAUCGAACAUCCAGAAGCUCCCAAGCCGGUGGAGAGCAAGCAUGAUGCUUCUAUCCCGGCCACAAAUCACCCGCCAGGCGCCUCCGUCACGAAUUCUGAGCCCGAGGUCCCAGUCGUGGCGCAACCGGCCACAGAAGCCACAAAAGAAGCUCCACAGUCUGUCCCCGAGGUUGCUAAACCGGUGGUGGAGCCCUCUCAACCCACAGAGGAAGUCCCAAAGCCGGCCACGCAAGAGCCACAGACCGGUGAGAAGCGUGAUCUUGACUCUCUGACAGCUCAAGCUCCUGAACAGGAACAGCUCCCAGAGCCCGCAACUGCCCCUGAGAAGGUCGAUGAGCCCGAGAGCAAGAAGCAAAAGAUGGACGAGGAGCCCACCAAGGACACCAAUGGUACUACUGCUCCCGCGGCUGCGGCUACUGCUACCAGUACAGCUCCAGCUCCGGCGACCGAGUCCCACGAGGAACCAAAGAAGGCUGGCCGCUCCAAGAAGGAAAAGAUCAAGGAGGUCGUGAAGAGUAUCAUUCCGACCGAUGGACCUGGCAGCCGGACUCGUAGCCGCACCAAGGAUACCUAA